UCCCCGCUGACCCGGCGCCCCUCGUGCCCCCCCCGCCGGCCUCCCCGCGCGGCCAGGUUCCACGCGGGCGCGGCGGACGACGGCGGGGGCUACACGGUGGAGGUGAGCAUCAACGACUACCUGGACAUCUACUGCCCGCACUACGGGGCGCCGCUGCCGCCGGCCGAGCGCAUGGAGCACUACGUGCUCUACAUGGUCAACGGCGAGGGCCACGCCUCCUGCGACCACCGGCAGCGCGGCUUCAAGCGCUGGGAGUGCAACCGGCCCGCGGCGCCCGGGGGGCCGCUCAAGUUCUCCGAGAAGUUCCAGCUCUUCACGCCCUUCUCCCUCGGCUUCGAGUUCCGCCCGGGCCACGAGUACUACUACAUCU